UUUUCCAGCAUAGUUGGUCCUAAUGAUAGAGAAGAGCAGUUCAUGUUUAAUGUGCUUUUAAGAGGAAGCUGUUCCAGGAAUGGAUCCAAGUUUCCAGAGUUUGAUAUAUUUUUACUGCUGUUCGAGGAAAACUUCCUCCUCUCAUGUGAAGAGAUAAGGUUUGUUGUUGGAGUUCUCUUUGUGAACAAGGAAAUUGGACUGGCCAGGUUUGUGAAAUGUCUCUGAACGGAUAUUCCAUGGUAGCUGAGAAGGGAUUUAUUUGCAAUUAUCCGUGCUGUUGUCUCAGCCGAUUUAAAGUCAACAUAUUAUAGAUGCCAUGUCCAACAUAACUGUCAUAGAAAGCUUCCUACUUCUGGGAUUUUCUGGAGGCCGAGAACUUCAGGUUUUGCACUUUGUGAUCUUCUUGGCAAUGUACCUGGCUAUCCUGAUGGGAAAUCUUCUGAUCAUUACCCUUGUAGCUGUCAACAGUCACCUGCACACUCCAAUGUAUUUCUUUCUUGUCAACUUAUCAGUCCUUGAUCUUGGAUCAACCUCUGCCAUCAUGCCCAAAUCCAUGGCCAAUUCCCUUAAGAACAGUGAAAGAUGAAGUGCUGAUAGAAAAAGAGAAAGACAUCUAGAACACCAGCCAAGCAGGAGCCCAGGGCAGCAAACAAAAGCACUAAAAACACUUUAAAACAUCACAAAAACAUAAAGACAAAACAACUUUAAAAACUUUUUUUUUUUUACAAAGCAUUGCCAGACUGAAGGCACUGGGUCUGGCGAUGUUUCCCAGGGAGAGGCAGUGCAUCAAGAGAUAAGUUUUAUACUUGUCAACCACUUAGAAGCCACUUUGGCAAUCGGUAUAUAAAAUAAUUAAUGAAACAUCAACAGCAACAACACUAUGGGAAUGAUUUGAAACAGUUCAGAAGAUCUGUCUGGGUUUUAUUGAGCAUGUGGCUUGAUAAAAAUAGACAACUGGAACAUCUGAUGUAAGACAGCCUUAGAUGACAAGCUUUGAAAAGUCAACAUUGUUGGUACUGGCUCUGGGUCAUUAGUGCUGAGCUAUUCAGGGAAACAGGGAGUUAAUCUUUAGAGACCAAAAGAAGUCAGGUAUACAGUUCUGCCACAUAAGCCUGCCACUUUCACUGCUGCUUGAAAGAAGCUUUUCCUUCACCAUCGAGCAGAGGAGCAAUGCAGUGAAUUGAUAGGAGAGAGAGAGAGAGGCAUAUCAUACAACUGCAUGGAAUAUGAAAGAAAUAUGAAUGAUACGAGAAGAGAAAAAGGAAAUGGAAGAUGUAUACCUGAUUUGCUUUUACCUUAUUCAUUGAAAGAUGAAGUGGUGACAUAAAAAGAGAAAACAUCUAGACCAACCCAGAUAUGUUUCUCCUCACUGUCAUGGCAUAUGACCGAUAUGUAGCCAUCUGUCACCCACUGCACUAUGCAUCUAUGAUGAAAUGGAGUAGCUGCUUCCAGAUGGCAGCUGGAGCAUGGAUGGCAGGUUUCCUUAAUGCUGUUUUGCACACCAGUACUGUUUUUUCAAUGCCCUUCUGCUCUAAUGCCAUCAAUCAGUUCUUUUGUGAAAUCCCACAUGUUGUGAAGAUCUCCUGCUCUGAUUCAUACCUCAAUGAGAUUUGGGCUCUUCUCUUUAGUGUAGCCUUAGGUCUUGGCUGCUUUGUGUUCAUUGUCAUGUCCUAUGUGCAGAUCUUUACUGCAGUGUUAAGAAUGCCCUCCAUGACAAACAGGUGGAAAGCCUUCUCUACUUGCACUCCUCACAUCACAGUUGUCUCCAUAUUAUAUGGCACAAGCCUCUCUAUUCAUCUUAUUCCAGCCUCUAACUCUCCAUACAAUCUGGAUGAAGUGCUUGCUGUGUUAUAUACUGUGGUGCCUCCAAUGCUGAACCCAAUAAUCUACAGCAUGAGGAACAAAGAUGUCAAAGCUGCCUUGCGGAAUUUGCUUGAUUUUACUCUUGGUAAUAAGAAUAAAAAAGAUGCUUCCCAUUUGCCUAUAAACCUCUUUCAUAUUAUCUUGUGAUACAGCUUAAUUUUUAAAAUAACUGAAUCUGUCUCACAUUGUAGCUGUUUUAUAGUAAUUAUUUUCUGUAAUAAUAAUUUAUAUUGUCAUUUUAAAACCCUUUAGCUUUAAAAGGGAUAUAUCUCAUAACUGGCAGAAACUAAAGAGAGAAGUUUCUCUCUGUAAUUCUGUUCCCUGGCUCUUGAAUUCCUUGCCAGGGAAAAUCCAAUAGGGAACAGCAUUUAUAUUUAGAUCAUCCUUUGCCAUAUAAGGUGAUUUAUAAAUCUGUUGUAAUUUGAUUUAGCUGGUUUACCAAUGCUCUAUUGCCUUUCCUUUACAGUGUUCUUUUACUUUGUAUUGUAUUGUUGUUUCCUUUAUCUUUAUUGCUUUUGCAUUGUUGGAAUACCACCUUGGGCAACAUGUGGUGGAAUGAUGGAAUAUACAAUAAAUGAAUGAGAGAUGAGUUAGUACAACUUUAUUGUUUGAAAUCAUAGGCCCCCACAAUGGAAAUAGAUACAUGUUUCUAAAUGGUUAAAAAAAAAAAUCUCCUCUGCCAUUUUAUACUGUUUUUUGUAAAUUGCUUUAAAUUGUAAUUUUUUAAAAAUUUGAUUAAGAGACAUAUAAUCCUUCUGCCCUCCCUGGUGCCCUCCCUGCUGAAGAACGUCUAUCACCAGCUUCAGCUGGUUCAUCCACUGCCCCCUUUCCUGAACAAGGAUAAUCUGGCCAUUUGACUCAUGUGCUUAUAACCUCAUAUUUAAUCUACUGCAGUGCAUUGUCUUUUUGGCUUCUCUUAUGAAUCAUAGAAUAGUAGAGUUGGAAGGGACCUAUAAGGCCAUUAGGUCCAACCUCCUGAUCAAUGCAGGAAUCCAAAUCAAAGCAUUCCUGACAGAUGGCUGUCCAUCUGCCCGUUGAAUACCUCCAGUGUCAGAGAGCUCACUACCUCUCUAGGUAAUUGGUUCCAUUGUCGUAUGGCUCUAACAGUUAGGAAGUUUUUUCUGAUGUUCAGUCAAAAUCUGGCUUCGUGCAACUUGAACCCAAUAUUCUGUGUCCUGCACUCUGGGAUGAUCGAGAAGAGAUCCCAGCCCUCCUCUGUGUGGCAACCUUUCACGUACUUGAAGAGUGCUAUCAUAUCUACCCACAGUCUUCUCUUCUCCACGCUAAACAUACCCAGUUCUCUCAGUCUCUCCUCAUAGGACUUUGUUUCCAGUCCCUUGAUUAUCCUUGUUGCCCUCCUCUGAACCUGUUCCAGUUUGUCUGCAUCCUUCUUGAAGUGCACAGACCAGAACUGGAUGCAGUAUUCAAGAUGAGGCCUAACCAGUGCUGAAUAGAGGGGAACCAAUACUUCAUGUGAUUGGGAAACUAUACUUCUGUUAAUGCAGCUUAAUUUGCCUUUUUUACAGCCACAUUACACAUGGUUCAUAUUCAGCUUGUGAUCAAUGACAAUUCCAAGAUCUCACAUGUGGUAUUGCUGAGCCAAGUAUCCCCCAUCUUAGAACUGUGCAUUUGGUUUCUUUUUCCUAAGUGCAGAACUUUGCAUUUAUCCCUGCUGAAUUUCAUUCUGUUGUUUUCAGCCCAAUGCUCCAGCCUAUCAAGGUCCCUUUGAAUUUUGUUUCUGUCUUCCAUGGUAUUAGCUGUGCCUCCCAAUUUUGUAUCAUCUGCAAAUUUGAUAAGCAUGCUCUGUACCUCCUCAUUCAAGUCAUUAAUAAAAAUGUUGAAGAGCACUGGGCCUAGGACUGAGCCCUAUGGUGCCCCACUCGUUACUUCUGCCCAGUUUGAGAAGGAACCAUUGAUAAGCACUCUUUGAGUACGAUUCUGGAGCCAACUGUGGAUCCACCUGAUAGUUGUUCCAUCCAGCUCAUAUUUAGCUAGCUUGCCAAUCAGAAUAUCAUGGGCACUUUGUCAAAAGCUUUGCUGAAGUCCAGAUAUAUUAUGUCCACAGUAUUCCCACAGUCUACAAGGGAGGUUACCCAAUCAAAAAGGAGAUAAGAUUAGUUUAGCAGGAUUUGUUCUUCAUAAAUCCAUGUUGGCUUCUAGUAAUCACUGCAUUGCUUUCAAGGUGCUUACAGAUUGACUGCUUUGUAAUCUCCUCCAGAGUUUUUCCAGGGAUUGAUGUUUGGCUGACUGGUCUGUAGUUCUCCGGUUCCUCCUUCUUGCCCUUUUGAAGAUAGGGACAACAUUAGCUCUCCUCCAGUCAUCCGGUACUUCACCAGUCCUCCAUGAUUUCGCAAAGAUAACAGACAGUGGUUCUGAGAGUUCUUCAGCCAGUUCCUUCAAUACUCUAGGAUGCAUUUUAUCGGGCCCUGCCAAUUUGGACUCAUUCAAAGUGAUUAGGUAUUCCUUGACCAUUUGUCUAUCACUUUCAAGGUCCAAUCCUGCCCCUUCUACUUCAUGUUUCCCGGGAGGGUCAUAGACCCUUUUUUGGGAGAAGACUGAGCCAAAAUAGGAAUUGAGCACUUCUGCCUUUUCUUUGUCAUCUGCUAUCAUUUUGCCAUCCUCACUGAGUAGCUGUGCCACAAUUUCUUUUCUCUGUUUUUUACUGUGGACGUACCUGAAGAAAGCUUUUUUGUUGCUCUUAGCACCCCUCACUAACCUCAGUUCAUUCUCAGCUUUAGCCUUCCUGACACCAUCCCUGCAAUUCCGUGAUACCUGCCUGUACUCUUCCUUUGUGGCCUGGCCUUCUUUCCAUUUCAUGUAUGUGUCCUUUUUUGUUUUCAGGUCAUCUCUAAGCUUUUUGUGAAACCACAUUGGCUUCUUCUGCUGUUUCUCCCUUUUUUUCCUUGUUGGAAUUGCUUGCCAAUGCGCUUUUAGAAUUUCCUUUUUUAGAAACUCUCACCCAUCUUGGACUCCGUUUCUCAUUAGGGUGGCUUGCUAUGGAACCAUACUUACAAUUAUGGGUGGUCUUCAGACUGCAGCUGGUCCACAAUGCUGCAGAAUGGGUAGUGGUGAGCAGUACCCCUUACUGGGUGCACAUCACACCACAGCUAAGAGAUGUGCACUGGCUGCCAAUUAACCACUGAAUCAGUUUUACAUUCUUACUACUUACAUAUAAAGCCCUAAACAACUCUGGACCAGGUUACUUGAAAUACCAGCUUCCCCUCCGUUGCCCAGUAAGGGCAUCCAUAAAUGGAACCUGGUUUGUUUUGCCAUGGCCUGAUGAUUAUUGGCUUGUGGUAACAUGGGGGCAGGCUUUCUGACUGUUCUCCAUGCUCAAAUAUGAGAGGCCUGAUUGGCAUUGGCAUUCCACUGACUGUUGAAGUCACACCUGUUUAAACAAGCAUUCCCCUGAUCUCGAGCUGAACCUCCUGUUCUAAUUGUUUUAACUGUUUUAAUUGAUGCAUUGUUUUAAUGGGCUUGUUUAAUAGUACAUUUUAAUCGUGGAAAUUUCUUGUAAUGUUUCGGUGGUAUUGUUUUACUGGCCGACAGCAGUAAACAAAUAACAGUUGCAGCAGCCAACUUUGCCUUGGCUGCUAGGAAAUUACGGGCAAACCACAUUAAGACUUAUAAUAUCUUGUGAUCG